UCACAUGUGCACUCAAGUUCACAUACACUCAUCCUGUCCUGCUGUCACUGAUUUAUCUGCACCGUCUAUAUCCUGCCUCCAGGAGGCAAACACACCUCUUCAGUUGGACCUAUGACAGGCUGUUAAAUGAUGGUCAUGUGUAUCGUGUGUGUGUGUGUGUGUGUGUGUGUGCGUGUGUCUGAAUUCUUGUGAAUGUUUGACUCUGUGUACUCAGCCGUGGUCCUCAUCGCUUAACCACAUCCUCAUCCAUGAAAUGUGCACCGAAGGAGAGUUUUCAGCAUUUCUUGCAGUGUCGAGCAAAGGAACAUGGAGCUGCUUACUGAUAAACAUAGACAAAUAGACAUGACGUUUGCUUUCAAGUAUAUGGUUGUGUCACAAAGUGGAUAUAAUUACCAGAUGUUUGGUUCCAUAUGUGGUAAAAAGUUUGUUUUUGACUCCAGUUUUUUGCUGUGCUGUGUCACAUCAUAUCAUUUCUUUGUCCUCUAUCUAAAGCCCUGUAUUGUAGGUGGAUUGACCUCAUCCCUGUCCCAGUUCUGUCACCAGGGAAAGCCCUACUUUCUGGCAGACCAGCUUAUGAAGGCCAUGCCUUCUCAGAACGAGAUGACUGAGUCCUUCGAAGGAUGCAGCCCCUCAAUCGGGACACAGGCCGUGUCUUUAUAUCCUGCAACUUCUUGAAGAAAUCCACGUUUUGGGCAUUUUAAAGGGCAAAUCUGAAAUUUAAAAAGCUGAAUGGUCUUAGGGACUUCUCAGAGACUUAUGGAAACCUGAACAGACCAACAGCACCACUAGUCUAGCACUCUGGUCUAUUUUAAACUUUUUCACCAGCGAGCAUGACACUUCCCCCACUCACAGGCAGGCAGCAACUAGCAGAGAACACAAGACAGACCUGACAGCAUAAAUAUAAAUACAUAAAUAAUACAACUGCCUGCACAGAGCAGUACAAGGCGACGUUGUCUCAAUUCUGCAAUUCGGCUCUGGAAAGGCCUCGGGACAGCAUUGGAGUGUGUGUGCAUGGACGCCGAGGCGCCGGACUCUGCUCAGGCGGAGCACGGCUCACUUCUGCUGAGGCAGCUGGAGAGGAUGAGAGCUGCCGAGGAGCUCACCGAUGUGGUGCUGCUGGCAGAGGGGAUUCCCUUCCCUUGCCACAAGGUUGUGCUGUCUGCAUUCAGCCCUUACUUCCAGGCCAUGUUUACAUGUGGUCUGAAGGAGACCCGGGGAGGAGAGGUAGCACUCAGAGACACUCCGGCUCAGAGCCUGGAUCUGCUUCUGGCCUACAUGUACCGGGCUGAAUUCCCCCUUUCCAAUGACAACAUCCAGGGAGUGGCCGCUGCUGCCUUCCUGCUCCACGUAGACGGAGCCUUCAGGUUGUGUCAGAGCCACAUGGAGGCCUGUAUGGACCCCUCCAACUGUGUUGGUCUGUACCACUGGGCCAGAGACCUGGGGGCCACUGGUCUGUCUGACUGCGCCUUGAGAUUCAUCUGCCAACACUUUGCACAGGUUUGUGAAGAAGAGGAAGUGCUGGACCUGGAUGCCCAACGUCUUGGGGAUCUGCUGGGUUCAGAUGACCUCAACAUAUCGCAGGAGGAGGUCGUGCUGGAGCUGGUGCUGCGUUGGGUGGAGAGGCGGAGGGGGGACUCGCAGAGUGAAGCCCAGGCUGCAGAGCUACUCAGGCGUGUCCGGCUGGAGCUUGUGGACCCUGGAUUCCUCCGCAAAGCCAGGAGGAGAAAUCCGGUACUGCUGCGGGAUGAUGAGUGCUUUGGGAUGAUUGAUGCUGCUCUCCAGACAUCAGGUCUCUGCGAGAUGUCAGUUCCACCUCGCCCGGCUCUCCGCUACGGCAUGGAGGCCACUGACCUGCUGCUCUGUUUGGGAGGGGUUAAUAAGGAAGGAGUGCCUGCCCGCCGUGGCGGACUUGCUGACCUGAGUUUUUGCUUUGCCCCCCAUGGUAGAAAAACUUGCUACAUCCCCUCUCCACUGAGGGCCUGUGGAGGCAUGGGACAGAUCACAGCAGGGGCGGUCACACGAGACAAUAACAUAGUGGUGGCCAUAGAAGCAGUCGACCAACACAGAUUGAAGAGGGUGGAUAUUUACAGGUACGAUAAUUCAGAGGAGAACAGCUGGGUGGAGUUGUGCUCCGCAGCGCACAGGGACAUGUACGCUUUAGGGCUCCUGGGCGACGGCCUUUACAUGAUUGGCGGUCAGAUGAAACUGCACAACCACUACAUCAUCACAGACAGUGUGGAGAGAUGGUCGCUGAAGAGAGGAGGCAGCUGGCUCAGCUUCGCCCCUCUGCCUCUCCCUUUAGCCUGCCACUGCGCCGUGAGCCUGAAGGAGCUUCUCUAUGUGCUCGGGGGCUGGACACCACAGGAUCAGCCGGACGAGGAGCCCGACAAGCUGAGUAACCGCGUGUUUCAGUUUGACCCGAGCAAGGACAGGUGGACAGAGUGUUCCAGGAUGAAGUACUCCAGGUACCGCUGUGGCACUGCUGUCCUCAAUGGAGAAAUCUACAUAUUAGGUGGUAUAGGAUGUGAUGGGGACGACCGGGGACAAUCGCGUAGCUGUCUGAGCUCUGUGGAGAUCUAUAACCCAGACACAGACACUUGGCGGGCGGGCCCAGCGCUGCCCACCUGCCCACUCUCCCUCCGAACCAAUGCCUCCAAUUUUGGAGUAGUGGAGGGAAAGAUCUACCUCUGUGGAUACUACAAGGGGGCAGGCCGUCACGAGAUCAUCACCAAGGAAAUUCUGGAACUGGACCCUGUGGACAACGUGUGGACGGUGGUGGAAAGACGGGCAGCCAUGCCCGACAGCUAUGACGUCUGUCUGGUGGCUAACCUCAAUCCUCGGAGCCUCUUCACGCCCUGAUGCAUCUCCAUCCCGGCUCUGGACAACAGUGCUAGGGGCCAGGAGGAUGUGUGGAAAAUUGGCUUCUGUCUUCUGAAAGUCACACAGCGUUGUCCAACUUUGCAUAGCCCUGGGAUUUCACAUGCAUCAACUGCAAUACUGAUAAAAGUGAAAUCUGGAUGUCAAGUUGGUUGCUGUUGCUUCGCCCCCCCCCGAAAUAAGCUUUACUUAAUGUGUUAUUUUGAACUUGUCCAUGUAAAUGUCUGCAAGGACUUUUUUACUUUUAUUCAAUAAUCAUUAUAAACUGUAACCUUCAGCAAAUCAUCAUAAUUAAUCAACACAGUUGGUUUCUUUCAAAAUGACCCACAUUCAUUUAUAUGAAUGUUUUCUCAUUUCCCACUGCUAUGUGUAGUUUGGUUAAGUUUAUGCUAUUUAAACUCCUUGUUUAAGAGUAAGGAAGGAUUUUGGUCAUGGCUUUGAGAAACCAAUGUCUUCUGUUGGUAGGAGACAAGAAGCAGACAGCAGUCUCGGGUGUGUCCACUGUAGCCCUCUGAAAAUGUCCUCACAUCUUUGCUUCUGUAAAAGCCAAAUAAUAUCAAUAUGAAAGAAAA